AUGGAAACCCAGGGGAGCCGGAUCACCCAGGCCUGUCACGACCAGACUCCCACCCUCAGCUGCCAGCCUCCAUUCUCCUCCUACCUCAGCCAUCAGCCACCAGGCCAAUAUGGUCAAAUAUCACUGAGAAAGAACACAAAUCCAACGCCUCCGGAAGAGGAGGGGGAGGUGGUGGAGGAGGAAGAGGAGGAGGAGGAGGGGGGGGGGGGGGGGGGGGAGGAGAGAGACCCGGUGACGAUGCUGCGGCUGCCCAGCCGACCAAUGGACGAGGCCUCAAACUAGCGCUUGGUCAUCUUUCUCCACCGUUCCGGCUGAAUCAUGGAAGGUAACGGCGACGCGCCCCUGACCGUAAUGCCGUCGCAGGUGGACGUGUGCGGCAGCGAGGAGGGGGGGGGGGAGGUCCUCGGCAAGGCGGAAGAGGGAGCGAAUCAGCCGGCGUCCGAUCCGUGCGAUGGCGGCGUGGCCGGACUGAACAAAGCAGGGCUGGCCGCUCACGCCGACGCGCCGGCGCCCGCCGUGGUGAGCCCCGCGGCCGAAUCUCCGGGGGGAGUCGCCCUCAAAGUGGCCACCACCGUGCUCCACCCAGUGUGCCUGGGGGAGAGCCCGCUCAUGCUGCCCAUCCACCUCCAGAUGGGCGGAACGGGGCCACAGCUGGGCCAGAUGGGGGCGGCGCCCUACCUGAUCACCAGCCAGAGUCCGGUCUCGCUCCCGCUGGUUCUGGACCAGCAGGUCCUCCAGCACAUGGGCCCGCCGGUCAUCCCUCCCGGCGCCAGCUGCGCACAGCUGCAGAACAACGUCCUGUGUCCCAAUCCUUUGACUUUCGGCCUGUCUCCAGCUGUUGACCCCAAGACGGCCGGACCCACCCAGGACGCCAACCUGCUCUCCCUCCUGCAAAAUCCGGCCUUUGCAGCCAUCUUGCAGGACCUCUUCCCUCCUCAGGCGGGCUCGUCGGCCUGCCAGUCCCCGGGCUCCGUCUUCCCCCUGCCGCCGCUCGCGCCCCCCUACGCCUCCCCCCUGGCCCCUUUGGUCCCUCCUGCCACACUCCUGGUCCCCUACCCCGUCAUCAUUCCCCUGCCCGUGCCUCUGCCGGUCCCUCUUCCGAUCCCCAUUCCCGUGCCUCAGACUGAGGACUCCAAGGGCAACAUGCCCAAGCCAGUUUGCACUGUGAGCAAAAGCACUCAGACGUCACCAAAACACACUACCUCCUCCUCGUUGUCUUCGAGAAAAUGCACGCCGGCGCUCCGACCCCCGAACCCGUCGCCAUCCGCCCUGCCUCCUCCAGACGGACAGGUUCUGGACCUCUCUGUCCGGGCGUGUCCCAUCGAACCAAAACAAGAAUAUCUCAGCCCGCAGGAGGACGGUGCGCUUGAUUUAUCCAUGCCUGGCGUGAGGAAAAAGUGCGUCCAGUCGGACAGACAGGUAGCUUUCCAGUCGGGUCCGGAUGCAGGCGCCCUGUCUCUGGGCGUGGAAUGCACUCAGAGCUUAGAUUCCAAGCUCCUGGGCAGCCUGGCGUCCCUGGAGUUCAGCCGGCAGCACAAGUGGCUGGUGGACACCGGCCCCGGCGGGCCCAGCUCUCUGGGCAAGGACGCGUCCCUCAGCGGCGCCGGAAACCUGGAGAUAGUCAGCACCUCGCAGACGGCCAAAGUCAUCGUCUCGGUGAAAGACGCCAUCCCGGCCAUCCUCUGCGGGAAGAUAAAGGGGCUGUCGGGGGUGUCCACCAAGAACUUCUCCAUCAAACGGGACGGCAGCCAGGGGGCCGCCCUGCAGCAGCUCUACGGGAUGCCGUCGGCGCCCCACCGCGAGCAGCCGGACCCCAACAACCCGCACAAGAAGGCCUCCAAAAGCAGAGCCAUCAAACUGAAGAAGGUCAGCUCGCAGGAAAUCCAUUUCCUCCCCAUUAAGAAGCAGAGACUCGCCGCGCUGCUGCCCAGGAAGUGACCGCGCCCAGCACAGGGAGGGGCGAUCGCUGGACGGUCCUGUUGGGUCCGCACCAGAGAGUAGCGUUGACCACACGAGGCAUCCUUCGCUAAUCAAAACGGUCAUUGGGUCUGUGUAACCGGACAGCAGUUAGCCCCCAAAACGAACGUGCCACGGCGUGACACAGAAACUACCGCAGCGGUUUCCUUUGGUGUGAGUUUUGAAAAAAACAUAAAACAAAAAAAAAAAAAACGUGCUAGCCUGUAGAGUUGCACUAAUCCAGAAAUGUUUGAUCUUUUGUCUGUGUUUUGUACGGCAGCUUAAUGGGUACUUUGUGUGUCUUUGUCUAGAUAAAUCAACGCUUUUUGACUUUGCAGAGACACGUGGCUCCCAUCCUCUGCUUUGGGUCCGCGGUUUGUCUCAUCGUGAGAUUUUUGUGUAAGAGCACUGAAAACCUUUCAUUUAAAAAAAAAAAAAAACGAGCUGCAUACUGCGAUGAUGUGACCAAGUUAAAACACGUCCCCCCCCCCUUAACCUCACCAAUGGAAAUUCCCUCCUCAUUAGCUCAGUGAAGCGAAUCCUUCCAUGCUGAUUGGUUGGGAUUUAUCCUGACAGGCCGAUGAGGACUUGGCAGGACCGGAGCCCACAAUUUUCGGCAAAUGCAUGUUGGCAACAUCUGACAGGACACAUCCUUGUUUUGUUUAACAGCAGGGGCCUUUUCAUUGUUCUCACAUUUUAGCAAAAGCAUUGCAGGGG